AUGCGCACGCAUCCUGCGUUUUACGUUGGAAUUCUCCGCCCGUACUAUCAGUACGAGCCCGUUUCGAGAUGCAAAGAACAACUCCACGGUCGAGAGCCGAGACCACCUUCGAGUGGUCCUGCUUCAACGAACCAGGCUGGUCGACUAGCGAAGCAACCUGUUUACGUAGCUCAGCGAUGUCCUGACGAGCUGCAGCCAGCUCGUCACGAAGAGAACGAGUCGAACGUUCGUUCUCAAGUUGCGCAAACGCAAACGCGGCACAAUCGUUCGAACGAUCGUGCGUUAGGAAAUCAUAAUUAUCCCUCACAAGAUCCUCAAGACCGUAACGCCGAGAUCGUUCAUGAGCCGGGUCAUCUUGCAACUGCUCCGUUAGACGGUUCAGCUCUUAAACAUCAACUUGAUCCGACCCUCAAGCCGGAUCAGGUAUUCCCACAGCCACCACAGCCUUUACUGGACUCAAACGGUGGUCGACGCUUCCUAGUGGAGCAUAUUUUGAACCCCCGAAAUGUGAAUGGCGUCCGGACGAGUUACCUCGUCCGCUGGCGUGACUAUCCACCGGCGUGGGACAGCUGGGAGCCUCGUGCCCAUCUGAUUGUUGAUGUCCUGAGUAUCGUCGAGCAGUGCGACGAGACCCACCCGCUGCGUUUGAAGAAGGGCCGUCGGAAAACGACCUCCCCGAACGUGAGUACAGGAAUUGCAAAGUGUCGAUCCCUUCGGACAUCUCAGAAGAGAUACGCGCCCUCCAGUAGGGAGUAUUAG